AUGCGUGCAGUGGUGAACAAUGAAUUAUUAUCAGAAACAAUCUCAAAACAAGGCAGCAGUGACUCGGACAGCAUUGCAAGUGAUAUUCUACAUAUACCGUCUUCCCCAUUAGUCAGUAAUCUAAGCAGCCCAUUAAGGUCGAGCCCAAUUUUUGACGGUGAAAUAGAUGUCCCUAAUGAAUUUACCGCAGUUCCCAAUCUUGUCAAUGACCUCCCAUCCAGCGAGUCAGACAGUGAAAGCUCAACAAAUUCCGGCUCAAUUGCUGAAAGUGUUACUAUUAACUCCCCGUCAAAUCAUGAGGAAUAUAUAGAUUUUGAAGCCUCUGCAGAUCUGUUCUCAAGCGAUCUCGUCAAAAUUUACAACAAGCACAAUUUAACACAGUCAUGCUUAGAAGAUAUUCUAAAAGCUGCUAGGAAACAUAAAAUCUUUAAAUCUUUGCCUUGUCGUGCCCCUACUCUGCUAAGACUUUCGAAUUUUAAAUCUAAUACAAUUUUCAUUAACCACUCGAAUAGGGAAGAGCAUCCCUAUAAAGGAGAAUUUACUUAUUUUGGCCUUAUACCAUCCUUGUUACAAGCAGUGGAAAAAUGCCCGAUUCUGAAGAAAGAAAUAUUAAGUAAUCAAGCUAUAAAUUUUGCAAUUUCAACUGACGGAGGAAAUUUGUUCAAGAAAGGGUACUAUAGUAAGACUAUCUGGCCACUGAUGGCUAAUAUCAUUUCUCAAAGGUACCGUUUCGAGUCUAUUUUGAUUGGGUUUUUUCUUGGAUCAGGGAAACCUGAUCAUCAAGAGUUCUUGGCAGAUUUGACACACGAAUUAAGCAAAAUCCAAUCCAACUAUAUUGAGGUUGACGGUGUUUUAAUUCAAAUUAGAAUCCAGUUUUUCACGGCUGACGCGCCGGCCCGUGCUUUCCUUAAACAAAUUUGUGGACACAAUUCUAAGAAAGGUUGUGAACGGUGCUCUUUGGAACAAGGCAAGGGUGACUUUUGUCGGUGCCACUUUAAGAAUAUUCCUGUGAAUGAAAUGAAUUUGAGAACGGAUGCGUCUUUCCGUUCUCAAGAAGAUGUUGAGCACCACAAGGGGGUUAGUUCAUUGCUUAUAAUCCCCAAUUUUGAUAUUGUUCAAGAUGUUAUUUUGGAUUCACUUCAUCUUUUAGAUGAAGGUGCCGCCAAACGCUUUCUUUAUCAUGUGUUGCUAGAAUCCAAAGGACCUGCUCGAAUGUUGAAAGCAAACGCCAAGGCUAUGGAUGAAGACAUUUCAAAACUUGCGACAUUCAUGCCAAUUGAUUUUCAACGUCGACUCGGUCCUUUGAAAUUCUUAAAAGCCUACAAGGCGACCCAAUACAGAUUCUUUCUCGAGUACGCAGGCCCGGUUUUAUUGAAAGGCAGAGUGCACACAAAUGUGUACAAUCAGUUUUUAAGGCUUCACAUUGCUACUCGAAUUUUGAGGAGCAACUUAUGCUCAGAAGAAGAUUUAUUGAAGAAGAGUAGAGAAUUGUUAACUGAUUAUGUUGGAAAUGUUGAAAAUACUUUUGGUAAAGGCCAAAUUGUCUAUAAUACACACUCUCUCUUGCACCUGCCAGAUAUGUCCGCGCGCUUCGGAUUAUCACUAGAUGAUCUCUCCUGUUACUCGUCGGAAAAUUUUAUUCGUGAAAUUUUAAAUAAGAUCAAGAGUGGGAAGAACAUUUCGGCGCAAAUUUGUAGAAGAUUUGCUACUAAAGAACGAUAUCUUUGUAAGAAACUUUUUUACGAUGAACCAUUUAUAGAGUGGAAAGGUGAAUGUGCCAAAAUUAAUUUUAAGUAUCUACAAAUUAUUGUUCCAUCAAAAAAUGACUGCUUCUGUUCUUUAGUUUGUGGGUCAGUUGUGAGACUGAUUCGGUUUGACGCAAAAUCAAACAAUUUUGAUUGUGAAAAGUUCAAUGAUUUGGGCUCAUUUUUUGUCUUAGGCGAGAUCAAUUCCCAACAAUUAGGUGUAAAAAAAGUAUCUGUUUCUAGAGAAAGACUAAUUGUAUCCAUUCAUGCACUGAAAGCAAAAUUGAUUUUAUUGCCUUUCGAAAAUAAAUUUAUAUCGUUUCCAAUUUUGCACACUAUCUGCUGAUAUGAUUUAUACACUCUGUAUUAAUGUAAAUGCUGCAUUAACAAAAAUAAAACAAUACACAUUUUAAUAAUUAAC